AUGUCGACCCUCAGCAGAGUAACUUCAAAGCUGCUCCGUUCAAGAAAACACGAAGACCAGAACGACCGACAAGUUGACCCGGCAAGCCAAAUCAGAGACACAUUUUCCAUCUUCCUCUUGGACGUCUUGACCGACCUCGAGAGCCAGAGAAAAAAAUCCCACAUCUUCGACCCAAAACUCUUUGGAGAGUAUGGUAUCACGCCUGAGGCCUUCAAUCCAGAUGACAAGAGCUCCUGCGAGGAUGAGGAUCCGCAUCCCAAUCGUUUCUUUGUGCCAAUGAAUCGGGAGACGCACGAAAUCUUUACACCUGAUUUGAACACAGACUUUGCAAAGGAAUAUCAUGCCCGAAUAGGCGAAUUGCAUAUUCUAAAAGGCGGGGGAAAGUAA